AUGACUUCAGACUCGACAAAAACAACUAUAAAACCAGAAAAGACUGUAUGCGUCUUUUGCGGAUCAAGUUUUGGAAGCAAACCCAAGUUUGCUGAAGAUGCGGCCAAGUUGGGAAAGGUCUUAGCUGAUAAAAACUGGGGAUUGGUUUACGGAGGAGGAUCUACUGGUCUCAUGGGAGCGGUUGCUGAAGGAUGUGCUACUAAUGGAGGAUACGUACAUGGAGUUAUUCCGGAAGCAUUGAUUUCUAGAGAAAGAACCAAGGAGACAAGCGAAGAAGUGAACGAUAAGUUAAAAUCUUCUAUUGAUAACCACAACGGAUCAACUCCAAUCCCAGACUCAGAAAAAUAUGGACACACUACUUUAGUUAAAGACAUGCAUACUAGAAAAAGAUUAAUGGGUAAAGAAGCAGACGCAUUUGUUGCGCUUCCCGGUGGAUACGGAACUUUAGAGGAGUUGAUGGAGAUGGUUACGUGGUUCCAAUUAAACAUCCAUAACAAGCCUAUUGUUGUGUAUAACAUGGAUGGUUUCUACGAUAACUUUUUGACGUUUAUCCAGGACUCCAUUGAUUCGCAGUUUGUAUCUGUUAAGAAUGGCGAAAUCAUGAAGGUGGCCACCACCGCCGACGAAGUCGUGGAAGCGAUUGAGAACUACGUGAUUCCUGAGGGUAGAUUCGAUUUGAAGUGGGAAGAUAUUUAG